GUCUGCGUAACAACAGUCUGCGUAUAAAUUGUCUACAAUUCACUUUAUUAAACGAAUUCUGGCUUCGUUAAGCUCGAUUACCAAUCAAAUAAAUUGAGAAGAUUAAAUAAAUUGUUUUGAUUUCGCGUUAAUUGCAUUAAACAAUCCGCUUUAAUUAAUCCCUUUAUAAACCCUAAUCAAAUCAACGCACAUUUUUUUUAAUAUACCAAGUGCGCGCGUAAUUCGAAGACACCAUCAUCAUGGACGGCGCCCCCUUCGAGGAUCCCAACUUUCCCGAUUACGCGAACCAACCUCUGCCCUCGCUAAAUUCGACGCUCCUGCAAAACAAGAACAACCAGGACAACAUAAACGCCCACUCGAUACAGAUGAUGCUCGGCCUCCAGCAGCAGCAGGACGUCUUCUCGCAGCUCGACUACAAGAGCGGCGCGGGCGGCCAAAAAUUGGACAGCUCGGUGAUGCACCACGAUCUCGGCCCGCUGUUUCAGCAGAACGCGAUGGAGACGAUCAACAAUAACGGCGGCGUGAAGAGGAAGAACGACGACAUCGUCAUGCUGCAGUCGCAGAGCGAGAUACCGACGACGACCACUUCGGCGACGACGAAGAAGAACGACAAGAAGAAGACCGAUAAUAACGGCGUCAAAAAAAAGAAAACCAGAACAACUUUUACCGCUUUCCAAUUGGAAGAACUAGAAAGAGCCUUUGAACGAGCCCCGUACCCGGACGUUUUCGCCAGAGAAGAAUUGGCACUGAAACUGAACCUAAGCGAAUCCCGAGUGCAAGUCUGGUUCCAAAACCGUCGCGCCAAAUGGCGCAAACGAGAGCCGCCCCGCAAAACCGGCUACAUCAGCUCGAACUCCCCGACCUCCAACAUCAACAACUUCAACAACAUCCCCAGCCCCUUCACUCAGGCCAACACAAACAUCAACACCGCUCCGCCCGUCGACACCUGGAGCUACCAGUCCUCCUACGAUCUCGGCCCCCACAUCAACCUGCUCAACUCAUCAUCGACGCCUUACUCCGGUUUCGGCUCCCCCCAAAACGGCUACUCCUACAUGCUGAACUCGCACGACAACCAACUCUUCGGCGCGCCGAUGCGCUCGCACGACUACGGAGCGCCGCUCGCCAACCAGAGCCCGCCGAUGUCGCGCGAGUACUCAAUGCUGCAAACGCACUCGCCGACCGCCGACGAGAACUCGAUCGGCGUCAAAAUCGAGUACGUCAACCACAGCCUGAACGGCUCGCCCGAACGCUACACGAACAUGUCACCCAAGUACGACGCCGACCUGAUGCACGAGGUCAAGCAGAACGAGUUCAAGGACGCGAUCAAAAUGGAGCCCAACUCGAAUCAAAGUUACGUUACGCUACCCCCUUUUCUGAAUUAGUUAGAUUCGUUAAGAAACCCCACACUUAUUAAUUAAUUGUAUAUAGAGACAUGUGCCAUAUUAAUUACCUAGUUAUGCCAAAUUUAUUUUAAGACUUAAAUUAGGAGAGUAAGUAGAAAAUGUGAAUUUUAUGUGCCAUAUGUAAUACAAAUGUAGCAAUACUUAACGCGAGUGUUUUUAAUGCUUAACGCCUUUGUAACUGUAUAUCGGUGAACACCCGGUACAUAAUAGCUUAAUUGAAGAUAGUCUUCAAUAGAUGAAUCUAUUAUUUUUGUAUGUACCUACGUAACUUUGAAUAAAACUUGUUUGUCAAAUUUUUGUAU